CACGGGGGCGCUUAUCGGACACACGGCAAACCUGUCCGUCUGACAUGGCGCUCCGAGAAGCGCACCGUCCACCUAAAUAAAUAUUAACUGGCGGACUGCUUACACUUUUUUGCACAGUAAUCGGAGAUAUUUUACUUGAACUAGUUUCCCUGAAACAUAAAGGUGCCAUGGAGGGCAACAAGCCAUCCCUUGCGCUGGUUUACCGGGCCGUCCAGGCGCUGUACCAUGACCCGGAUCCUGCCGGCAAAGAGCAAGCCUCCGUGUGGCUCGGGGAGCUGCAGAGAUCGAUGUACGCCUGGGAGAUCGCUGACCAGCUUCUGCAGCUGCAGCAGGACGUGGAGUCCUGUUACUUUGCCGCCCAGACCAUGAAGAUGAAAAUACAGACCUCAUUCUAUGAACUUCCAGCCGAAACCUACACAGCCCUUCGGGACUCGCUGCUGUCUCAUAUACAGAACCUCAAAGACCUCUCCCCCAUCAUCGUCACUCAGCUUGCUCUAGCCAUCGCAGAUUUAGCCCUUCAGAUGACUUCUUGGAAGGGCUGUGUCCAGACUCUCAUCGAGAAGUACAGCAGCGAUAUCUCCUCCAUGCCCUUCCUGAUGGAGAUCCUGACCGUGCUGCCCGAGGAGGUACACAGCCGCUCCCUGCGCAUCGGAACCAAUCGUCGGACGGAGAUCAUCGAGGAUUUGAGGCUCUAUUCCAACUCUGUCGUCACUCUGCUGGUAUCAUGCAUCGAGAAGACCGGCAACAACGAGAAGAUGUUGAUGAAGGUCUUCCGGUGCCUGAGCAGCUGGUUUAACCUGGGCGUCCUGGACCACAACUUCAUGGCCAGCAACCAGCUCCUCGUCAUCCUCUUCCAAGUGCUGCAGCGGGAUGAGACGACCACCAAUCUGCAUGAGGCAGCCUCAGACUGUGUAUGCGCGGCGCUGUACGCCAUCGAGAAUGUGGACAGCAACUUGCCGCUUGCCCUGCAGCUCUUUCAGGGCGUGCUCACGCUGGAAACAGCCUACCACAUGUCCGUGGCCCGUGAGGACCUAGACAAGGUACUUAAUUACUGUCGCAUCUUCACGGAGCUGUGUGAGACCUUCCUGGAGGCGAUGGUACGCAGCCCAGGCAGCCCAGGACAGGGCAUGGGGGACCUCCGCUCCCUGGAGCUGCUUCUCAUCUGCACGGGACACCCCCAGUACGAGGUGGUGGAGAUCUCCUUUAACUUCUGGUACCGCUUGGGCGAGCACCUGUACAAGACCAAUGAUGUCAUGCUGCAUGGAAUCUUCCGGCCCUACAUCCAGAGGCUGCUGCACGGGCUGGCCCAUCACUGCCAGCUGGACCCCGACCAUGAGGGGAUCCCUGAAGUUACCGAUGAUUUUGGGGAGUUUCGGAUGAGAGUGUCAGAUUUGGUGAAGGACAUUGUUUUCCUGGUUGGGUCUGUGGAGUGUUUUUCCCAGCUGUAUGCCACCCUGAAAGAGGGGAACCCCCCCUGGGAGGUGACGGAGGCUGUGCUCUUCAUUAUGGCCGCCAUCGCCAGGAGUGUCAGUCCCGAGAACAAUCCAACCCUGCUGGAGGUCCUGGAGCAGGUGGUGCUGCUGCCCCAGACCAUCCACAUUGCUGUGCGCUACACCAGCAUCGACCUGGUGGGGGAGAUGGGUGAAGUGAUUGACCAUAACCCCCGCUUCUUAGAUCCUGUGCUGAAUUACCUCAUGAAGGGAUUACGGGAGAAGGCCCUGUCUUCAGUCUCGGCCAAAGCCAUCCACAACAUGUGCUCUGCAUGCCGGGACCUCAUGAUCCAGCACUUCCAGACCCUGCUGGACAUUGCCCAUGCCCUCGACUCCUUCUUCCUGUCCUCAGAAGCUGCUGUUGGCCUCCUCAAAGGAACAGCCUUUGUUUUAGCUAGGCUUCCACUGGAGAAGAUAGCCAAAUGCAUGAGUGACCUGUGUUCAUUGCAGGUCAUGGUCCUCAAAAAGCUGCUUGCUCAGCAGACCAGCAAUGGUAAAUCUGCUGACCCCACGGUUUGGCUGGACAGGUUAGCGGUGAUCUUCAGACACACAAAUCCCAUAGUAGAGAAUGGGCAGACACAUCCCUGUCAAAAAGUCAUUCAAGAAAUCUGGCCCGUGCUGUCAGAGACUCUGAACAAGUACCAGGCUGACAAUCGCGUUGUGGAGCGGUGCUGCCGCUGUCUGCGAUUCGCAGUGCGCUGCGUGGGCAAGGGCUCUGCCUCACUGCUGCAACCGCUGGUCACGCAGAUGGUCGGCGUGUAUCAGCAGUAUCCCCACUCCUGUUUCCUCUACCUGGGCAGCAUCCUGGUAGAUGAGUAUGGCAUGGAGGAUGGUUGUCGCCAGGGCCUGCUGGACAUGUUACAGGCAUUAUGUGUGCCGACUUUCCAGCUACUAGAACAGCCCAAUGGCCUCCGGAAUCACCCAGACACUGUGGACGACCUUUUCCGGCUGGUGACGAGGUUUAUCCAGAGGAGUCCCGUCACUUUGAUGAACAGCCUGGUCAUCGUCCACAUCAUCCAGUGCGCUAUCGCCGCUUUCACACUGGACCACCGUGAUGCCAACUGCAGCGUCAUGAAGUUCAUUAGGGACCUCAUUCACUCGGGCGUCGCCCGUGACCGCGAGGAGGACUGCCACGUUAGGAAGGAGUUCAUCUCGCAGGCCUUGGCACAACACGGCCAGCAGCUGGUCACGCAGCUUCUGCACUCCUGCUGCUUCUGCCUGCCCUCCUACACCCUGCCGGACGUCGCCGAGGUCUACUUUGAGAUGAUGCUGUUUGAGCGGCCGGCAUUCUGCCGCUGGCUGGAGAACACACUGAAAGGACUCCCCAAGGAGACUGCAGGGGGCGUUGUGACUGUCACGCACAAGCAGUUGACGGACUUCCACAAGCAGGUCACCAGCGCUGAAGAAUGCAAGCAAGUUUGCUGGGCCAUCAGAGACUUCACCCGGCUGUACCGGUAGCCACAUCCCCUGUUCUGCCAGAACACCAGGACAAUCUUUUGUUGGCGACAUUGAGAUGAGAGCAGUGAAGCAGAAGAGUACCAAUGAAAUGGGGGGAGGACGUGCAUCAGCCCUGCGGGGCCACGCCAGUAGGAUGCCCCCAGGGCCCCAGCUGGGGGAAUCACCGCAAGGGGCACCGUGCUUUUCCUGGGGGGGGCCGCAUACGAGAAUUCCGACCGUGACGAUGCCAAUAAGUCUGCAUCCAGCCAGCCGAGGACGUAACGGGACUGAACGUGGAUGUGCCUGGUAGGAGAAUCUGUAAGAGGUGUCUGACGUGUGGGGGGAAGGUGAACGAGCGGCUUUAGUUUGCCGUCUGUACCAUAGAAAUUCAACACACAGCAAACAGCAGCCCCAGCCUCGAGGACAGAGGCGGGGGUGUGGAGACAGAGGCAGGGGUGUGGAGACAGAGGCAGGGGUGUGGAGACCGAGGUCUGCAGGUUAGGCCCCUUACAGCCAUGGAUGGACUUUUACAGUUUUGAUUGCCAGGCUAAACUGUAACUAUCAAGUGAACUCUGGCGUGGUUUAUUUUUAUUUAGUUUGUUUUUUUUCUCCUCUUAAAAUCAUGAAGCGGGUAGCUGACAAAAGACCGAGGGGGUGUUCUAACAUUCUGCUCCAUCUGAUGUAGCCACCUCAUGAACAAUAAAGCUGAAAUGAGGACAUAA